GCGCUUCCUGCCGCAUCCCGGCCCUUCCUGCCGCGUGCCGGCCCUUCCUGCGGCGUCUCUGCAUCCGAGGGACGGGACAGUGCUCAGCUGCGAGAACUGCUCUCCGCUGCUCGCCCCGCGCAGUGAUACCCGCAGGCCCGCCCCGCCUGCCUCCGCUCAGGCCCUACAUAAAAGGAUACAUGUUCACUUCAAGUAGAAAGGAGCAUGUUCCCAAAUUCUUCCAACUUGGGUCGUCCACCCUUUCCUCCAAAAUAUCAACAACAGAGUACUUUCUUCACUAAACUUCCUCUAAAUAUGCCUCCUACUCUUCUGUCUCACCAGCAAAUUGUCGUUCGUCCGUUUCAUCUUCACAGUGCAGUUCUUUCUGGAGCUCUUUUGAGUGGGAAUUAUGAAACUACUCCAGCUGUUACACUGCAACCAGUGACUUAUGGAAGUGUUAGUCCAGUGUCUACACCAGAUGCCCUGACGUCAUUUCAAGGAAGAAAGAGACGAAGUCAAGGGAGUGUUCCAGAUGACGCCAAACGGCGGCGGAUUCAUUCACACGAUUCUGAUACAGCUGUAGUUAACCAAGCAGUGCCUUUGCCAAAAGAACAUAGACUCUCCUUCCCAGCAUCAGUUUCAGUUCAGUCUCCAGUGGUGCAUGCGAGUGGCUCAUCAGGUUUAAUUGGAUGUGUCCCUCCUUUGCAAGAUACUUUGUUUCCAGAUCCUACAGAAACCCGGCUCCCUGCUGCCAAGGACGAGUUAAGUAAACAGAUUUUGGAGUUGUUUCAAGCAUGUCGACAACAGGCCAUUGAUUUGGACAGAAAAGAGCUUUGCAGAGCAGAACUCCAGAGAGAAAUUCAGCUAAUUUUUCCACAGAGCAGACUUUUUUUGGUUGGGUCCUCACUAAAUGGAUUUGGCACUCGUACUAGUGAUGGUGAUUUGUGCCUGGUGAUUAAAGAAGAGCCAGUGAAUCAGAAGACUGAAGCAAGACGUAUACUCAGCUUAGUCCAAAAACUCUUCAGUACUAAACUUUCAAGCUACAUUGAGCGACCUCAGCUGAUCAGAGCAAAAGUGCCAAUAGUAAAAUUCAGGGAUAAAGUCAGCAAUGUGGAUUUCGACUUGAAUGUAAACAAUGUGAUAGGUAUAAGAAAUACAUUCCUUCUGAGAACCUAUGCAUUCAUUGAGAAUCGAGUUCGUCCAUUAGUACUUGUUAUUAAGAAGUGGGCAAGUUUUCAUGAGAUAAAUGAUGCCAGUCGUGGUACUUUAAACAGCUAUAGUCUUGUGUUGAUGGUUUUGCACUAUUUACAGACCUUACCUGAACCCAUCCUUCCAUCCCUCCAAAAAAAUUACCCAGAAUGUUUUGAUCCUACUAUGCAGUUGCAAUUUGUUCAUCAAGCGCCACGUACCAUUCCUCCUUACGUCUCAAAAAAUGGAUCAAGCCUUGGAGAUUUGCUAAUAGGCUUCUUCAAAUAUUAUGCCAGAGAAUUUGAUUGGAGCCAUCAAAUGAUAUCAGUUCGUGAGGCCAAGGCUAUUGCAAGACCUGAUGGUAUUGAAUGGAGAAACAAAUUUAUUUGUGUAGAAGAGCCCUUUGAUGGGACAAAUACUGCUAGAGCUGUACAUGAGAAACAGAAGUUUGAUAUGAUCAGAGGUGAACUUGCACAGGCUUGGCGGUUAUUACGAGAGAAGAAAGACCUGAACUGUAUAUUGCCCUUAAAAGCAGUCUAACAGAAAAGAUAAUUGGCUUCUUUCAUUUUCCCUUUUUUUUGGAUCCUGCUGAAAUAAAGAACAGUGUCAAAAUCAAGAGGCACUCACCCCAUGGUUUUUAUGACCUGUUUUUCUCUGUAAACUUUUGUUAAGGAAAUGUUUAUAAGGAUGUGGCAUAUUUUAUUAUCAGUAUUUGUUAAUGCAGCUCUUCAAGAUACGAUUUCUGAAAAUGCUUGCAUUGUUGACUUCUAGAAGAAACUCACAGCAAACAAGAAGAAUACAUCUAUUUUAAGGAAAGUAUGGGGAUAUACUGACUUGUUUCUUGUGUGAUCUGUAUAGCCGUUAUUUCAGACAGAUUUAAUCAUGAAAGAUAGACAUUCAAAGUUAAACCAUGUGCAAAUUGACUACAUUCUUAAGGCACUGUGCACUACCAACUUCUUGAUGAACAGAGUCUGUGCUUUACACCUGCUGAAUUGCAGUAAGCACUUCUGCUCGACUUAGCACUUUCCAGUUUUAUUUCACUUUUAUGUGGAAUAACAAGCAACUGUUUAUGAAAAUGAAGCUAGAUUAUAAUUGGUAGUACUCAGAAUAUCAAGAACUAUUAUCUAAACCAAAAUUUUCAAGCAGCAGUUGUCCUGUGAAGAAGUGGAAGUAAAAAAGCUCAGUUCAAUGCACAUAAAUGCUUCACAUUCACACAGAGUAGGUGGGAAAAUUUUUUGUGCUUCCGUUUAUGUAUUUGAAGUAAUAGUGGUGCCUCUUUUGGAGAAAAAGACCAAAUCAAAAUAAAACACCUCACAUCAGUGCUAAAAUAA